AUGGAGCUGUCUCCUCUUUUGGUAAUAUUAGCGUUUUUGAUGUGCGAAACAAAGGCUUUGGUAAAGCUAACUCCAAAUGUAACGGUUCCUGCUGUUAUUGCCUUCGGGGAUUCCAUUGUUGACACCGGAAACAACAACAAUCUCAUGACCCUGAUUAGGUGUAACUUUUGCCCCUACGGCCAAGAUUUUAAUGGAGGCAUUCCAACCGGACGGUUUUCCGAUGGAAAAACCCCUUCCGAUUUGUUAGAUAAAUUGGGAAUUAAAGAUAGAUUGCCAGCAUAUUUGGAUCCAGACUUGAAACCCCAAGAUCUCCCAACAGGAGUAUCAUUUGCUUCUGGUGGCUCUGGAUAUGAUCCUAUGACUCCAAACUAUCAGUCCGUAAUAUCGAUGGCGGACCAGUUAAAUCUCUUUAAAGAAUACAUAGCGAAGCUGAAACAACUUGUCGGAGAAGAGAAAAAAAAUUUCAUCAUAGCUAACAGCUUAUAUCUUGUCGUAGCCGGCAGUGAUGACAUUGCCAAUACCUACUUUGUUCUAGGUGCCAGGAAAAUGCAGUACGAUGUUCCUGCUUAUACUGAUUUAAUGCUGAACUCGGCUACUGAAUUUUUAAAGGAACUAUAUGGUUUGGGAGCAAGAAGAAUAGCGGUUUUUAGUGCACCACCAAUCGGCUGUGUGCCAUCACAAAGAACUUUAGCAGGAGGAACGGAAACGCAUUGCGCAAAUGAGUACAAUGUAGCAGCUAGGUUGUUCAAUAAAAAGCUAUCUGCAGAGUUGAAUACCCUUCGAACAAGCAUUCCUGGUGGGAAAUUUGUGUACGUAGAUAUCUACAAACCCCUCCUUGAUCUCAUUGACAACCCUCAAAAACAUGGCUUUAAAUUUGCAGACGUAGGAUGCUGUGGAACAGGGAACCUUGAAGUGGCAGUCUUGUGUAAUAAAUGGAUUCCAUCUACUUGUACAGAUGCCUCAAAAUAUAUAUUUUGGGACAGUUAUCAUCCAACGGAGAAGGCAUACAGAGCCCUAAUAAUCCCACUUCUUCCCAAAUAUGUGAACAAAUUCUUGUGAGCCAAAUUCCUAAUUAUGAAGACAACCAACUAAGCUCUCUAUUCCAACCAAAUUCCUAAUUACCGUGUGAUAUCAAGACUGGUGUUUUGAUAUAUAUAUAUAUAUAUAUAUAUUUAAAAA